AUGUCAAGAUCAAUUUGUUCACAAAGAAAAAGGAGUGCUAUUGAAAAUGUUUCUCAGUUACAAGAUAAACGAAACCGAUCGUAUAAACCGAUGUCAAAAUUAAAAUCUGUAUGCGGUAUUGUAGAAAGCGUUUGCGCUGGAUAUUUCAUAUAUCAGUUGUAUGAAUAUGCACCCCUCACGCCUAGCAAUAUAUGUGGUUCAGCGAUAACGUUGCUAGUGAUGGGUUUGAUAACGUGUAUGAUAGCUUGGUGUGCCUGGCAAUUUCUAGAUUUUACAAAUAAGGGCCAAGUUAUAAUUUUUUCCGUAUUAUUUAUGAUUGUUACGAUUAUCAACGCAAGCGCUGGAAUUUGGGCACUUGUUAGACAUGAACAGGUAGAUUUGUUACCAAUCGCGCACGUGGAACAGAUGUUUGAGCUUGCUAUGUCGGAUGAUAAGCUUCUUUGGGAUCAUAUGCAUUCGAAGUUACGUUGUUGUGGAAUAAACGGGCCAGCCGAUUAUCGUAACCGAGAUGCAGUUCCCUGGUCUUGUUGCGAUACGUCAUCACUUACAAAUCUUAGUGAUAAUAAAGGCGUGUGUACUAGUAUGUAUGCAUACGGUUGCCAGCAUGCUGUGAUAAAUCAUACUAGAUCGAUUCUUCUGCAUAUUUUUUUGCUUGCAUUGUGUUCAGUAUUAUUACAGGUCUGCUUUGUAACGGGCAUGUUAUGUUAUAUAAGAGCGUAUCAAGAAAGAAGAAAAGACCUGAUGAUCUCCGCUCAAUCAUUCGCACGAGCGUCCAAAGAUUUAGGAACAGGCGAUAGUCUUCUAAACCAACAAUCAAAUUAUUCUAAAACAGCGUCUAAUGCUUAAUGAUUUUUAAUACGAUCAGAAGGAAUAUUUAUAUUUUGAUAUGUAUUUACUUCAUGUCUAUAUUGCAUUAUAUACUUUCAUUUUGAUCAUUGUAGUAUGAAUAUUUUACAGAAAUCUUAUCACUUAUAAAAGUGUGUUAUAUUUAGGUAUCUUUUUUAGCGUGUCCCUUUACUUUAAACUUUAAAGUAUCGUUUUUAUCGAGUAUAUUGAAUAUAUUGAAUAUAUAAUUUUUCAAUAUUCAUAUAAGUAUCUGUAAUGUAUAUUACACGAAUAAUGUAAUGAAAAUUUUCAUGCCAAAAGUAUUGUGCUAUUUUAAAGAAUGCAUCAAAUAUGAAGUUCCUCAGCUGAAAGACAUUUUAUAUAUAGACAAU